GAUAAUACUUCAUUUAACGUACCCUUUCUGUUUAAGCACCUUUUUCAUUUGAUAUUAUGGCAUUUUCCUCGCAAAUAUAUGGAUUGUAUUUCUUUAUGCUUUUGUUUGGUUUAUCCUAUGCACAAUUAUCUUCCAAUUACUAUGCUACAACAUGCCCAAAAGCUCUUUAUACCAUCAAAACUGCUGUGCUUAAUGCUGUUGCGAAGGAGCAUCGCAUGGGAGCAUCUUUGCUUCGUAUGCAUUUCCAUGACUGCUUUGUUAAUGGAUGUGAUGCGUCUGUUUUAUUAGAUGAUGUCUCCCCAAGUUUCACUGGAGAGAAGACCGCAAGCCCAAACGCAAAUUCCCUAAGAGGUUUCGAAGUGAUCGAUUCAAUUAAAUCUCAAGUGGAGUCCAUUUGCCCUGGCGUUGUUUCUUGUGCUGAUAUCCUUGCUGUUGCAGCUCGUGAUUCAGUUGCUUCAUUGGGUGGCCCUUCAUGGCAAGUUGAGCUGGGCAGAAGAGACUCCACGACUGCAAGUUAUAGUGCUGCAAACACUGAUCUUCCAUCCCCACUAAUGGAUCUCAGUGAUCUUAUAUCUUCCUUCUCAAAUAGAGGCUUCACUGCUAAAGAAAUGGUUGCUCUUGCAGGAGCUCACACAACAGGCCAAGCCAGAUGCUUGAUGUUUCGAAGCCGAGUCUACAAUGAGACCAAUAUAGAUUCAACACUGGCAACAUCAUUAAAAUCAAGCUGUCCAAGCACAGGCAACGACACCAAUCUCUCUCCACUAGAUGCCACUAGCCCUGUGAUAUUUGAUAAUGCCUAUUUCACCAAUUUGGUUAACAACAAAGGCCUUCUGCACUCAGAUCAGCAGCUUUUUAGCGGUGGCUCCACCGAUUCGCAGGUAAAAACCUACAGCACCAAUCCUGUUACUUUCUACACAGAUUUUGCUAAUGCCAUGCUCAAGAUGGGGAAACUCAGCCCGCUUACAGGAACUGAUGGACAGAUUCGCACCAACUGCCGGAAAGUUAACUGAUCACCAUAGUUAUACUGAAUAAAGUUAGUCACUUGUUGGGUUUAUUGCUACUCAUCUAUUCAAUUGUCUAUUAAUGCAAACAAUAAAAGCUAGAAGCAUGUUUAUGUAGAUGACAUGUCUUGUUAGGUUUGUAUUUUCCAGUUUCUGAUUUUCAUGUAUGACAAGUGUUUCAGAAUGUUCAGUUGUGUAUGCAAAUUGUAAAACAAAAAUUGUGAAAUGUUUUACUACUACAUGGUUUUCCAA